AUGAUAUGUUGCGGACAACGCAAGUUCAAGCGCGUACGCGGCGAGUGGCGACUGCUUGCAAACCCUUUAUGGAUUGCCUACUAUGCGGCCCAACUCCGGUUGGCGGUGUUUACGACGGGAGCGCACGUGCUGGAUUGUGAGCGACAAAUCCGCCCUGAGACCACGGGCCCUGCCGUGGCGAGGUCAUUGACGAUGAAAAUCGACGAUACGGUAAACAGAAUGGUCAUGGUGAUGAUAUUCCAUCACGAGGGGCUGGAGGCGGCAGGCAUCAAGGAGCGCAAGUUCUACGCCAAAGUGGUGGGGCGUGACUCCAUCGGUCUGUGGAUCGAAAACCCCAAGCUGGAGACCACCCGCGUGCGCUACGACAACGGCCUCCUCAUCCCGCCGGACCAACGCCAGCACGAGGAGCACCUCGCCUACGUACUGAUUCCCUGGGGCAACAUCCGCUCCGUUGCCCACUUUCCGGCCCGCGAGGACUUUGACGACACCGAGGACGAGGAAGCCAGCGCACUGGGCCGCGGCAUGUAUCUGUAA